GGGGCGGAGCUCUGCGGCAGCUGUGCGUGUGACUCUAACAUGAAGUGGCUCCGUUGAUAACGGCGCUGUUUCACGGCUACGUUCCGAAAGCGGCCGAUAAGUGUCUUUUCUUCAUAUCUCUUCGGCACUUUGAAUAGACUUCGACAAAAUGAUGCGCUUCAUGCUGCUGUUCAGCCGUCAGGGGAAGUUGCGGCUGCAGAAGUGGUACACGGCCACAGCCGAGCGCGACAAGAAGAAGAUGGUGAGGGAACUUAUGCAGAUUGUGCUGGCCCGAAAACCAAAGAUGUGCAGCUUCCUGGAAUGGCGGGAUCUCAAGAUUGUCUAUAAAAGGUACGCCAGCCUGUAUUUCUGUUGUGCAAUAGAAGAGCAGGACAAUGAGCUGAUUACUCUGGAGGUCAUCCAUCGCUUCGUAGAGCUGCUGGACAAAUACUUUGGCAGUGUGUGUGAGCUGGACAUCAUCUUCAACUUUGAGAAAGCCUAUUUCAUUCUGGAUGAGUUCCUUAUGGGAGGAGAGAUCCAGGACACGUCUAAGAAGAGCGUCCUCAAAGCCAUCGAACAAGCUGACCUGCUGCAGGAGGAAGACGAGUCGCCCCGGAGUGUGUUGGAGGAAAUGGGCUUGGCAUAGUGCACGGCGGCACUGAGAGACUGUGGGUACAGAGGCACGGGACACAAUAGAAUUGGAGAUGUUUGGAUUAGCAGUGUUGUUCCAGCUUUGGUUCUGUGUAUCUGUGGCUUAAUGGACCGGGCCAAGGGACUCAUUUGGCAUCAACGGGCCCUUUAGCUUUGUGUGUGCACGAGCGCCUAUAUGUGACACUUCAGCUGUCAAAGGCUUUAUGUGGGGUCAAGGCUGUGGGUUGUAUGUAAACUUGUGUAUUGUGUGCUUCGGGGGGGGUUCGAGCGGGGCACGGAGUCCCGCUUUUCUUUAUAGUGAGUCAAGAUUUAAAAAAAAAAAUGUGGCCGCUUGCGUUGGAAUCAUCGUGAGAUGUUUUUUUUCUAACUGGUCAACCAGUCAAAACCUUUUUUUGAGGUUUGUCAGUUACUGAAUGUGAAGUUAUACUAGCUUGUGUAUUUUGGAAAUACGACGUAACAAGAAAUGUAAGGCAAAGUAACCAUUAGUCUUUAUAAAAUUGGAGCUUUUCAUAAUAUUCAUGAUGUACAACAGAGAAGAGGGCAUGAUGCCGUUAGCGUGUCCUUUCUAAUCCCAAACCCAUUAAUUAACUGUCAGGGAACCUGAGAGUCGACCCGAGUUACACUAAAACACAGAAAUAAGGUAUAUUCAAACUGUAAGGGGAACACUGGUGGGUUUCAGCCUGGGUCCCACUUGUAGAUGUUUUGGAUUCAACUGUUGGUUUGCAAUAAAAACAGUGAUAAUGGGUCUGUAUAGCUUUAGGAGGCUAACAACAUUAAUGGUUAAAUACCUAUAGAGUGGAGGUCUAUGGGGCAAGCUAAAAACUGCAGUGUUAACUGUUUCUGAAUGGAUGACAGUGUAAUUAGAUCCUUUUGGAGGUGCACAUUCAUGCUUACCUCAGUAAAUUUAAAGAAAUGUUUUAAAACAGCUGAUUAUACGAGUUACUCUCAAGAGCCGCUCACUAACAGUCAACUUGUAUGAAUCUAGUGGAGAGUGACUUCCUCAAACAGAAGUCUGUAUAAUAAUUCUUUAUUUACCAAGGUAAACGUGCACCUGUACUUCUGUAGGACUUCUCUCUGCGCUACAGCGGGUUUCAAAGACAUCUUCAUCCAUUCAGUGGCCACUAGAAGCACUUCACUUUGAGUUUAUUAGAUUGACCCAUGGGCUUGCAUUUUAUAGAUGUCUAGCCCUGGAUGGUGUUCACAUUCUAACUCAGUACUGGACUGAUGAUCGUCUUCUUUGUCCUGAGUGAGACAGUAAUGUGAAAUUCCUGCUUUGGUGUUGCGUCUCAGCUGGACACAGUUUAUAUAUGAGCAAACGGUCAACAGUUCAAGGAUUUCAGGUCAAACCAGACAAGAAUCCACUAAAAUAUCUUCCGUGCUAAACAUACAUGUGCAAACAGUUGUAGUAAGCGGGAGUUAUCAAAGGUUUCUUGGCCCGUUGAGAGGGUACAGAGUUUUAUUUUGAAAUGUCUGCAUGUUUGAAUGUACAUUCCAGUCUCUGGGGGUCUGCCGUGCCCUCCAGUCGAUUUUGGUUCCCUUCCAGCACUGGUUCCCAGACUUGGUCCUCGUGUUUUCUGUUUCCUGUCUGUUCUGCUCACAGUUGCCUCAAAUGGUGACUUUGACGUGCUUGAUCCAGUCAGCCGUGUCUGUGUGCAGCUCGGAUAAAUGGCCCGAGUGUGGGAACCACGCGUUUGUCUGAAGGGUUUUAUGUUCUGUAUAAAAUGUUUAUUUAGUGGUUCUUAAAGGGAGUCGAGCUCAAUAACCUGUCAAUAUUUAUAAUGUUGUUGAUUUAAGGUGUAUGAACAGUGUUAUUGUAGGUGACAGUGUUGAGGACUCACCUACAGUAAAUAGUUCAGCUGUGGGAAGGUUUCCCUUCAAUAUUUGAGAUAAAUAAUAUGAAUAUAUGAAAAUUUGGUGGGUGCACAGUGUGCAAAGAGCUAUCUUGGAUUUCCACACGUUUAUUUUCUGCAGUGAUGAAAGUUCUCAGAAUGACUGGAUUUGUGGAUUUGGAGUACAACCAUUUAUACCGCAUGUUGUUUCAGUGACGUGGCACGUUGGGCCACUGCCAGACUGACUAACAGCUAACACGCGACUGCAUAUAGUUCUGCUGACCUGUUCUGCAAGCUUUUUCUUUAAUGCGGCACAGUUAAAUGUGCCAUGUCACUGAAUGUCCGGCAAAAAAAUAACAGUAAGCUUCACAGGAAGAAGCCUGGUAAUUCUUGGAAAACCUUAGUCAGGUUUUGAUGACUAAAAAUUACUAAAAUUCAGACUGCGUUAUAUAGAUUUAAAAACGCUGUUCAAACUCAAAGUGAAAACAAGGCUGCAAAAUGAUCUAAAACUUAUUUCAAGCAUGAAGUGCAACACAAUAGAUUGCACUAGUGAAAUAACACAAAUUAUCACUUUUACAGCCCUCUCAACUCUUACAGGGUAAGCUAGUCAAGUUUUACGAAGUAUAAAGAAACUGGUCUUGAACAGGCUGUCCUUAAAAUUACACUUGCUGUGCACGGAGGAGUCUCACGAGGGAAACCAGCAAGAUGCCACUGAUAUUUCUCAAUGUGAAACCUUAGCAACUGUUACUGGAAAUACUCUUGAUACAACAACUUGGGAUCAUUACCUCACCAUUUACAGUUUUAUGGUAGAGCGGCACCAAAAAUGGCACUCUUCAAAAGAUUUUCCUGCCGUGUGGUUAACUCAAGAAUGGAAUUCUAGUUUUCUUUUUACCAAUGGAUUAAAUCUGCUAGCAACGGGAAAAGGUUGUCAAAGUUUAUAUGUCCUUAAUAGGUGUCAUAGAGGACUUGGUGGCUUCCCUCACCUGACUCCUUUGUGCACUUGUUGAGCACACUGUACUCCAGGAAAAACAGUUGCGUUUUCAUUCCCGUAUUUUUCAUAUUUUUAUUUAAUUGGGUCUUGUUGUAGAUGUUUGUGUUCAGUUUGAGAUUAAAUGGCAUUUUUAAAUCUGCAUAAAAACGACUGAAAUAUUUCUGUCAGGUGCUGGACUUUUUCAAAAGAUCAGUUUGCUCAAUAUCACAAUGGGUACUUGUAAAAUACGAUUAUCGCUUGAAUAAGUAAGGUGGAUGUUUGUUCUUUGGACAACUCAUUUAUUGGACAGGAAGAUAUUUUUGAGAAGUGCAACAAACACCUUGAGAUGUUUUGCUUUUUCUGAGUCUCCAGAUGCCUUUUUCCCCCAGAAGAUAGAAUUCCAUGAUUCUGCUUGAGUUUUCUUCUUUUUGAUUGUAUUUUUGUUUGUAUUUAGUUUUGCCAAAUUAUUUACUUCUGCUUUUUACUUUUGAAAUGGGUGGAAUUCAAUUUUUAAGCUUAUUUCACCAAUUAAAAUAACAAGUCCAUUGAG